AAAUCCGUCGCAAAAAUCCCUUCUAGCUUCGGCCUGAGUCAUGAAGUCUGCAUGGAACUUUAGUGCCAAUGCAGCGCCAUUCCAUGGCUUGGAUGACCGAAUCCCAUUUUUACAUUCAAGGCGACCUGCUGUAUCCGCUCUGGCUCACAUAACGUACUAAUAAAGGUUAUUUUCGAUGAUUAGCUAAACAUCGAACGGUGCCGAAUGCCGGAUAGUUAGUUAUAGAUGUCCAAAGAAAUAUACAAUACUGCCCGCAGCUCGAUGGUGGGGUUCGGAUUUAUAAUCUCUAUAAUGGCGCAAUGAAUACUACUACUAGCUUGUUUGAGUAGGAUAGCACCAUCAAGGGACGGAGUUGGGGCUCAGAAGAAUAUUGAUAAGAAGGCGGAGCCUCCCGUCUGUUCAAAACUCUCAAUUCUCCUACUGCAGUGAUAGGACAAUUAAGCAAAACUACCGUCAAUAUGUCAAAACUUUUCACUCCUCUUAAGGUGGGCCGCAGUGAGCUCGCUCACCGAAUUGCCAUGGCGCCCAUGACCCGAUACAGAGCCGACGAUAACCAUGUUCCUCUGCCUACAGUGAAGGAAUACUACGCACAGAGGGGAGCUGUUCCCGGCUCGCUGUCUAUCACCGAGGCCACGUUCAUUUCUCAACAAGCUGGUGGCUACGCAAAUGUUCCUGGAAUCUACACGCAAGAGCAGAUUGAUGCUUGGAAAGAGGUUGUUGAUGCUGUUCAUAAGCAAGGAUCGUACAUCUACCUACAGCUAUGGGCUCUAGGACGUUCUGCCGACGCGGAGAUUUUGAAGAAGGAAAGCAACUCAGAUCUUGUUGGUGCUAGCGAUAUACCAGAGUCUCCUGAUGCUGCUAUUAAGCCACGUCCCCUCAGACAUGAGGAGAUUCUUCAGUACAUUGAGGACUAUACACAAGCAGCCAAGAACGCUGUUGCCGCCGGAUUUGAUGGCGUAGAGAUCCACGCCGCCAACGGCUACCUGCUUGAACAAUUCAUCCAAGAGCUUACCAACAAGCGAACCGAUCAAUGGGGUGGAAGCAUUGAGAACCGGGCACGUUUUACGCUGGAGGUAACCAAGGCAGUUGUUGGAGCUAUCGGCGCAGACCGGACUGGAAUCCGCUUCAGCCCAUUUGCCGACUUUAUGGGAGAUAUUACCUAUGACCCGAUUCCCCAAUACGAGUAUAUUGCCGAGCAGUUGAAGCCUUACAAGCUGGCUUAUGUACACUUGGUUGAGUCUCGCGAGAAGGGCAAUGACAUUACGCCAGUUAUCAAAGCCUAUGCCAAUACCAGCCCUGUUCUUGUAGCCGGAGGAUUCCAGCUCGAGUCUAGCAAAAAGGCCGUUGACGAGGAGUACAAGGACUACGACAUCGUUAUUGCAAUUGGUCGACCUUAUACUUCCAACCCAGAUCUGCCGUUCCGGUUCCAACAGGGAAUUCCUCUGACGCCGUACCAGAGAGAGACGUUUUUCGCUGCCCAGCAGGAUAAAGGCUUUCACGACUUUCCUUUCAGCGAACAGUUUACUGCACUUAAGGCGCAAGCAUAGAUACCUAGCGUUGCAUUAUCAAUGUUAAUCAGUUAAAACAAAAGCACAUAUUAAACAAG